AUGACUGAUCAUUUAAGUUCCACUUCCUUUGAAAAUUUUCAAUGGGUGCCUGAAAGUGUUGACGUUUUCGAUCAGGUACACACAGCUUUAUUUGGAAAGCCAUUGAAGGGGAAAAUCGUCAACGACUUGGAUAAAUUCCAAACGAUUCAUGAACCGCAAUGUGGCAAAGACUACUCUGAUCUGAAAUAUAAACUUCUGAUAAUAGUAAAGUCAUCUGUUCAGCAUAGCAAAGCGAGAGAUAUCAUUCGUACCACAUGGGGCAAUGAAAAGUUCAUUGAGGAUUACCUUAUCCGAACAAUUUUUAUCAUAGGUCAGUUCCCGGAUGACAAAGAACAGCUUAGUAUGAGUGGAGCUAUUCAACGUGAAUCAGAACUCCAUGGAGACAUCUUAGUAAUAGAUAAGCCGGACGUUUAUAACAAUAACAUUCUCAAAUUUUUGUAUUCGAUACGAUAUGCGCACAGACCAUCAAAUGAAUGCUCUCCACCUGAUUUCGUUCUUCUGAUUGACGAUGACUACAUGCUUUCUACUCAUAACCUCAUCAAGCUCUUGAAUGAGAGGAGUUCUACCGAUGAGAUGUAUGAAGGUUGGAUGUUCAACACAAGCCCUUUCCGUUUCAAAUUGCACAAACAUGCUAUCUCAGUCAAUGAUUAUCCCUAUAAUCGUUAUCCUCCCUACAUUACAGCUGGAGCUGUUCUAUUAUCAAAAUCAACUGUUGAUCGAUUCUUUUAUGCAAUCCAACUGGUGAAACUGUUCCCAUUCGAUGACGUAUAUGCUGGAAUAGUUUCAUAUCUUCUACGGAUUCGACCAGAUCAUAAUGACAAAUUUUUGUUUUGGUCUAGAGAUGUUUCGCACGAGGAAUGGAUGGAUGGCGAAGUCAUUUGCGCUCACGGGUAUAAUCCAUCGAAAAUGGAAGAAGAAUUUCCACUCGUUCGCUUCACAGUUCCAGGCUAG